CGUGGAUCAUCGGUUCCUCUUCUCACUCUCUCUUUACCAUACAAAACCUUGGUUUCGCAGGUUUCGACCAUUUCCUGGGGGUCUAUUUGGCAACUUGAGGAAUGCCUGUCGGAAUUGAAGCUUGGCUGACCCAGAUUCCACCAAUAACGCGUGCUUGGCUAGCGCUAUCUGUCGCCACGAGUUUAGCAGUGCAAUGCCAACUUGUGACACCUCUCCAAUUGUAUUUUAGUUUUAAAUCCGCUUUUACAAAUGCACAACCAUGGCGCAUGGCCACGACAUUCUUUUACUUCGGUUCGAUAUCCCUCGACUUCGUAUUCCAUCUUUUCUUUUUUAUGCGAUAUAGUCGGAUGUUAGAAGAAUCCUCAUUUGCAAAUAGAAAAGCUGAUUACUUUUGGCUGCUUCUGCUGUCAUCCGUAAUGCUCUUGGCCAUGUCGCCCUUGUUCAAUCUUCCAUUUCUCUCCUCCUCACUCGCCUUCGUGCCGAUAUAUAUGUGGUCCCGUCGGCAUCCAUCCACACCGAUAUCGCUCUUUGGGUUGUUUACAAUCUCAGCGCCGUACUUGCCAUUAGCCCUCGUAAUUUUCUCUUGGGUAAUAAGUGGAACAUGGAAGGCGGCGGCAGGAGAUCUAAUCGGGUGCGCGGUCGGUCACAUUGGAUGGUUCCUGCGGGAUGUCUGGCCAAGAGAAAUGGUCGGAGGGUACUCGCUACUGACUGAGGCGCCUGACGGGCUGAAGAGAUUAUUCGGAGACCUCUGAGUCGAUGUUGAAUCAGGUUACUUGGCAUCUUUUAUUCCUUCCUGGGAAGGAAAGAGCGGCAUUGUUACUGAGAAAUCAAUAUGAUAUCGUCACUUCUAUGUUUGAUGAAGGAACAUUCUUACGUGCUGCAGUCGGGACCGUUACAAUGGUAGCGCCUUCCGUCAUCUACAUAAAUUCAUGUCAUACGUGUUAUUAUCCAUUAUUAACCCUGACUCUUUCAACACGCUUUUCGUUGCUGUCCACGAAC